GGGGAGGAGCAAGGCUCUGAGUCAAAACUCUGCUCCAAGCCCUGGGUUAACCAGAAAGGAGCAGGCGGGUCUGAACCCCUCGGGUCCUCCAGCCAUGAGGCUCCUCUGGGGGCUGAUCUGGGCAUCUUGCUUCUUCGCCUUGUCUCUGCAGAAGCCCAGGUUGCUCCUGUUUUCUCCUUCUGUGGUUCGCAUAGGGGUCCCCCUGUCUGUGGCCGUGAAACUCCAGGAUGCUCCUUCAGGACAGGUGGUGAGAGGAUCCGUGUUCCUGAGGAACCCAUCCCAUGUUAAUGAGCUCUGCUCCCCGAAGGUGGAUUUCAGCCUCAGCUCAGACCGAGACUUCAUACUCCUCAACAUCCCGAUCCCCCAGGAACAGGCCAGGGUCUGUCGCCUCCAUCUCCUCCGCAGAGCCCCCGAGGUGCAGCUGAUGGUGCAGUCCUCAUGGCUAAGGGACUCUCUGUCCAAACAGACAGACAUGCAGGGUGUCAACCUGUUGUUCUCCUCUCGCCGGGGGCACCUCUUUCUGCAGACGGACCAGCCCGUUUAUAACCCUGGCCAGCGGGUUCGCUACCGAGUCUUUGCUCUGGAUCAGAAGAUGCGCCCGGCCACUGACAUCCUCACGGUCACGGUGGAGAACUCUCAAGGCUUCCACGUGUAGAAAACGGAAGGGUUUGCUCCCUCCUCCAUCUUUCAGGACAAUUUUGUGAUCCUAGACAUAUCAGAGCCAGCGAUGUGAAAAAUCUCAGCCCAAUUCUCAGACAGCCUGGAUUCCAAUAGCAGCACCCAUAAGGUGAAGAAAUAUGUUCUUCCCAACUUUGAGGUGAAGAUCAUUCCUGAAAACCCCUACAUCCUGACAAUGCCUGGCUUUCUUAGUGACAUCCAAGUGAUCAUCCAGGCCAGGUACAUCUACGGGAAGCCAGUGCGCUUUGGGCUCCUGGGUGAGGACGGUGAAAAGACUUUCCUGCGGGGCCUGGAGAGUCAGACCAAGCUGGUGGAUGGCCAGUGCCAAAUUUCCCUGCAAAAGGCUGAGUUUCAGCGCGUGCUGGAGAAGCUUAAUAUUAGCACUGAUGACCUCCCAGGGCUGCGCCUGUAUGUUGCAGCAGCCGUUAUUGAGUCUCCAGGAGGAGAGAUGGAGGAGGCAGAGCUCACAUCCUGGCGUUUCGUGUCAUCUCCCUUCUCCCUGGAUCUAAGCAAAACCAAGCAGCAGCUUAUACCUGGGGUCCCCUUCCUGCUGCAGGCCCUGGUCCGUGACAUGUCAGGCUCCCCAGCCUCUGGCAUUCCCGUCAAAGUGUCUGCCAAGUUGUUUUCUGGAUCGACUUCUAAAAACCAGGACUUUGAACGGAACACAGAUGGGAGCGGCCAAGUCAUUGUCUCCACUGGUGUUCCUCGGACCAUCUCAGAAGUGCAGCUCUCAGUGUCUGCAGGCUCCCCCCACCCUGCGGUAGGCAGUCUCACUGUGAAAGCGCCCCUGUCCAGAAGCUCUGAGUUUCUGUCCAUUGAGUGGCAGAAUCCUCGACCUCUUAAAGUCAGAGAGACCCUUAACCUAAACCUGCGAGCCGUGGGCAUCAGUGGGAGCUUCUCCUACUUCUACUACAUGAUCGUGUCCCGGGGCCAGAUCGUGUCUGUACAUCGAGAGCCCAGGAGCCACCUGACCUCCAUCUCCGUGUUUGUGGACCAUCACCUGGUGCCCUCCUUCCACCUCGUGGCCUUCUACUAUCACGGGGGCGUCCCGAUGGCCAACUCCCUGUGAGUGGACGUCCAGGCUGGAGGCUGUGAGGGGAAGCUGGAGCUGAACGUGGACAGUUCCAAGGCGUAUCGUCCUGGGGACACUGUGAAACUCAACCUGAAAACAGAGUCUCGAGCCCUGGUGGCCCUGGGAGCUGUGGACACGGCCCUGUAUGCUGUGGGUGGCAAGUCCCACAAACCCCUCGACAUGGUCAAGGUCUUUGAAGCUAUGAACAGCUAUGACCUUGGCUGUGGUCCCGGUGGUGGAGACACUGCCCCUCAAGUGUUCAAGGCAGCUGGUCUGGCCUUUUCUGAUGGAGACCAUCGGACUGAAAUCAGAAAGAGUCUGAGCUGUCCCAAGGAGUCAAAGUCUAGGAAAAAGAGAAAUGUGAACUUCCAAAAGGCGAUUCAUGAGAAGGGCGUGCCUCAUGCUCACCCUCACUUGGGCCAGUACACUUCCCCCAGAGCCAAGGGCUGCUGCCAGGACAGGCUGAUGCGGCUGCCCAUGGCGCGCACCUGUGAGCAGUGGGCAGCCCGGGUGCAGCAGCCCGGCUGCCGUGAGCCCUUCCUGUCCUGAUGCCAGUUUGCUGAGAGCCUGCGCAAGAAGGCCUGGACCAGGGGCCAGGUGGCCCUGGCCUGAGCCAUGGAGCUCCUGCAGGAGGAGGACCUGAUCGAAGAAUAUGACAUCCCCAUGCGCAGCUUCUUCCCUGAGAACUGGCUUUGGAAAGUGGAAUAAGUGGACCACUUCUCCCAAUUGCGACUGCUGCUCCCAGACUCUCUGACCACGUAGGAGAUCCACGGUGUGAGCCUGUCCAAAAGCACAGGCUUGUGUGUGGCCACCCUGGCCCACCUCCGAGUGUUCCAUGAAUUCCACAUGCACCUCUGCCUGCCAGUCUCUGUCCGCCGCUUUGAGCAGCUCGAGCUGCGGCCUGUCCUCUACAACUACCUGGAUAGCGAUCUGACCGUGAGCGUCCACGUGUCCCCAGUGGAGGGGCUGUGCCUGGCCGGGGGUGGAGGGCUCGCCCAGCAGGUGCAGGUGCCCGCGGGCUCUGCCCAGCCCGUUGGCUUCUCUGUGGUCCCCAUCGCAGCUGCUGCCGUGUCCCUGAAGGUGGUGGCUCGAGGAUCCUUAGAUUUCCCUGUGGGGGACGCAAUAUCUAAGAUUCUACAAGUCGAGAGAGAAGGGGCCCUUCACAGGGAGGAGAUGGUCUAUGAACUCAACCCCCUUGACCCCCGAGGCCGGACCUUGGAAAUUCCUGGCAACUCUGAUCCUAAUAUUAUCCCUGAAGGAGAUUUCAAGAGUUUCGUUAGAGUCACAGCCUCAGAUCCACUGGAAGCAUUGGGCUCUGAGGCCUUGUCACCAGGAGGCCUGGCCUCCCUCCUGAGGCUUCCCCAAGGCUGCGCGGAGCAAACCAUGACCCUGUUGGCUCCAACACUGGCUGCUUCCCGCUACCUGGACAAGAUGGAGCAGUGGAGCAUGCUGUCCCCUGAGACCAAGGACCGUGCCAUGGAUCUCAUCCAGAAAGGCUACACGCGGAUCCAGGAGUUUCGAAAAAGAGAUGGUUCCUAUGGGGCUUGGUUACAUCGGGACAGUAGCACCUGGCUCACGGCCUUUGUGCUGAAGAUACUGAGUUUGGCCCAGGAUCAGGUGGGCGGCUCUGCUGAAAAGCUGCAGGAGACGGCCACGUGGCUGCUGUCGCAGCAACGGGAUGAUGGCUCAUUCCACGACCCCUGUCCUGUUAUCCACAGGGAAAUGCAGGGAGGCUUAGUGGGAAGUGAUGAGACUGUGGCGCUCACGGCCUUCGUGGUCAUCGCUCUUCACCACGGGCUGGCGGUCCUCCCAGACAAGCAUUCUGAGCACUUGAGGAGAGUGGAAAAUUCCUUCUCAAGAGCAAACACCUUCUUGGGGGUGAAAGCAACCUCUGGGCUCCUGGCCACCCAUGCCUCCACCAUCACGGCCUACGCCCUAUCACUGACUGAGGCCCCUGAGGACCUGCGGAGAGCUGCCCACAACAACCUCAUGGCCAUGGCCAAGGACAUCGGUGAUAAGCUGUACUGGGGCUCAGUCACCACUUCUCCAAGCAACAUCCUGUCACCCACUCCGGCUCCACGUAGCCCAGCAGACCCCAUUCCCCAGGCCCCAGCCAUGUCGAUUGAAACCACGGCCUAUGGCCUGCUACACCUGCUGCUAUGGGAGGGCAAGGCUGAGUUGGCCGACCAGGCUGCAUCCUGGCUGACCCGCCAGGGCAGCUUCCAAGGGGGAUUCCGCAGCACCCAGGACACUGUUAUGGCUCUGGACGCCCUGUCUGCAUACUGGAUUGCGUCCCACACCGCCGAGGAGAAGGGGCUCAACGUGACCCUGAGCUCCUUGGGCCGCAGUGGGCUCAAGUCCCACGUGUUGCAGCUGACCAACCACCAAGUCCACAGGCUGGAGGAGGAGCUGCAGUUUUCCCUGGGAAGCAAGAUUAACGUGGAGGUGAGAGGAAACAGCAAAGGAACCUUGAAGGUCCUUCGCAGCUACAAUGUCAUGGACAUGACAAACACGACCUGCCAGGGUCUUCAGAUUGAAGUGACGGUCAUGGGCCACGUCGAGUACACGAUGGAGGCGGAGGAGGACUACGAGGACUACGAGUAUGAGGACUCUCCAGCCGGGGAUGACCCCGAGGCCCACUCCCGGCCUGUGACACCUCUAAACCUGUUUGACAGGUGGAGGAACUACUGUAAGACGGAGGCUGCCAAGGCAGCCAACGAACUGGAAUCCAGGGUGCAUCCAGUGAACCAGGCAGGGGGACCCAGACAACAGGCACGUGUCUCCACAGGCAACACUGCGAAGGUGGGGCUAUCAGGCAUGGCCAUUGUGGAAAUCACCCUCCUGAGUGGAUUCCACACCCUGCGGGCUGACAUGGAGAAGCUGACCUCCCUCUCCGACCAUUACGUGAGCCACUUUGAGACUGAGGGUCCCCACGUCCUGCUGUGCUUCGACUCGGUCCCCACCUCCCAGGAGUGCGUAGGCUUUGGAGCUGUGCAGGAGGUGCCUGUGGGGCUGGUACCGCCGGCCAGGGCCAUCCUGUGUGACUACUACAACCCUGGCCCCGGCCUCCACCCCCUGGGGCUGCAGCCGCACCUGGAAAGGCUGGACCUUGAGGUUGACGCCGCAGUAGGGAUCCGGCUGCAGCGACGGCAGGGCGCCCACGGGCGGCGGCAGCAGCGUGAAGGCCUGCAGCAGUCGCAGGAGCACCACGAAGAGCUCCAGGCGCGCCAGCGACUCGCCCAGGCACACGCGCGCCCCGCAGCCAAACGCCAGCGCGCUGGGGUUCACGCCUGGCUCCAGGAAGCGGUCUGCGGGCGGAAGGACCGAUCUGGGCUCAUGGGCCGCCAUACGGGCCCCACUGCACCACCACCCACCACCGCGGGCACCCGCCCCGCCACGCACCCGGCCAGAACUCGUGCGGAUGCUCCCAGACAGUCUCGUCCAGGUCCUUGCCCACUGUCCCGCCCACAAAACAGUACAUUCCUGGAAUGGCAUCCAUCCUCUUGGCCUUGGAAAAUCCAAUAUCAAAGAGCAGGCCUUUUCCCAUUCAUCUAUCAAGAAGAAAGGAAAGGAAACACAACCCUGACCUUCUUCAACAGCCAGAAUCAGCUUUCUGUCAACCAUUGAGGAAAACGUGUCCAUGAGCGCUCUCCCACCUCCACCCCACCCCCACCCCACCACCACCACCACCUUGGACCAGCUUCCUGCCACGGGCUUUGUCUCAGAGAAAAGAAUGACAACCCACGCCUAAUAUGCGCUCCCAGAUGGCCUUUGAAGCAGGAAAUGAGAUGAGAAUGAUGUGUGUGUUUUUCUUUUAACUUACAGAUAGGGAAACCACAUAUCCCGGUUUGCAUGUGUUAUCCCAGUUUAUACCUAUAGUCCAAGUGUCAUCAGUAAUAAUGCCUCUUUUUAUUCUCAAAACUUGAAGAAUUAAAUGUUUCCCCAGUUUGGAGCUCUUA